UGUGCUUUUUCCAGGUAUGUUGUAUUCACAUCCAAACACCAUGAAGGAUUCACAAACUGGCCCUCACCAGUCUCUUGGAACUGGAACUCAAUGGAUGUAGGUCCUCACCGGGACCUGGUGGGAGAACUGUCUGCAGCUAUCAGGAAGAGGUCACUGCGCUUGGGUAUCUACCACUCUCUAUUUGAAUGGUUCCAUCCCCUUUUCUUGUCAGAUGAAGCAUCCGGAUUCAAGACCCAGGAAUUUGUUGCCCGUAAGGCUCUUCCAGAGCUAGUGGACCUUGUGAAGUCAUACAAACCUGAUCUGAUCUGGUCUGAUGGGGACUGGAAAGCACCAGAUACCUACUGGAACUCCACCCAGUUCCUGGCCUGGCUCUACAAUGACAGCCCUGUCAAGGAUGUGGUGGUCACCAAUGACAGGUGGGGUAAAGGCUGCUACUGCAAACAUGGAGGCUACUACAACUGUGCUGACAGGUACACGCCCGGUAAACUUCCAACCCACAAGUGGGAGAAAUGCCAGGCCGUCGACUCCCUUUCCUGGGGCUACCGAAGAAACAUGAAGCUGAGCCAAGUCAUGACCCUACCGUCCAUCAUAAAGGACAUGGUGUACGUUGUGGCAUUGGGUGGUAACUACCUGCUGAACAUUGGUCCGAUGUCCGAUGGCAUGAUUGCCCCGGUGUUUGAGGAGAGGCUGAGGGGACUUGGUGCCUGGUUGAAGAUCAAUGGGGAGGCCAUCUAUGCUUCGAAACCAUGGAGGGUCCAGACGGAGAACAGCACUGUCACUGUCUGGUACACGGCCAAAAACAAUACCGUUUAUGCCAUUUUCUUUGGCUGGCCGCCAAAACAACCACUUCAGCUCACAACACCGAGGACCUCUGGAACCACACAAGUUACACUCAUGGACUAUCCUAAUGUACCACUGAAGUGGGCACCAACGACCCCAACAUCUGGACUGAUGAUUCUAAUGCCUCCUAUGCCAGAAUCUCCUGCAAAUGCCUGGUGUCUGAAACUGGAGGGAGUAGUCUAACUUCGGUAAAAGAAGUUUGUGCGUGCAAUUCUAAAUUAGGUGAUCAACGGGGAUUUUUUACUUUGUAUUUAAGAUGCACAGCAGUAGUAAAAGAAAACCCAACAUUGUAUGUUCAAUCACUAUGUAAUGAGCCAUCGUCCACAGAGGAUUACUUUAAA